AUGGAGAAUAAACCACAAUGCAGCAUAUCACUUGAUCUAGUCAGUAACAAGGAACUACGAUCGCGUAUCAGAAAUUCAAUGGGUAUCGGUUAUUGGAAUGCUUAUACUAAAAGUGAAAAGUAUUUAUCUGAAAAACCAACAAAUAUGGAAAUUGAUUCUGCUGAAUUAGCAAGGCAUAAUAAGUCUGAUAAUAUGUGGAUAGCAUUGGAUCAUCAAGGAAAAACUAUUGUAUAUGAUAUCACAAAAUUUGCGGCGUAUCAUCCUGGAGGUGUUGAUGUACUGUUGGAAUAUGCUGGAACUGAUGCUUCAGAAGCAUUUCGAAUGGCACAUUCAUAUGUCAGCACAAAUAUGAUAUCUAGAUUGCAGAAAGGUUAUUUAAAACAGAGUGCACCUGGUCGAGGUGGUAUGCCUAAUCAAUUAUCUCCAUUCUUUAUUCCAUCGAAGCUUCGUUUAAGCAGUACAAAAAAACCUAUUUGGGAUUGGAAAGAAUAUGAUAGUUAUAUUGAACUAACUAUUAAUUAUGGGAAUUAUAAAGUCUUUGAUAAAUUUUGCAAUGAACUAGAUGGAUUACGAAUACUUUGUACAUGGACUAAAUGUGAACAAGAUGAGAAACAAAUGAAUUCCAGUGGUGUACUUAUGUUACGUACAGUUUUAGAUCAUGAAUAUCAUUGUUUGAAAUUAAGACUAUGUCCACAACUUCGUCCAGAUUUGUCUACACUUUGUUUGAAUCACUCAGGAAUUAGUAAUUCGAAGUCAAUGUCUUCGCUCUCACCAUCACCAUCAUCAUUAUCACUGUUAAGACGAGUAAGAGGAGAGGGAGGUGGCAGAGAAGGAACAACCCAAUUGAGCAUCAAUUUAAUUAAACUUUUAUCUGUAACACCAUCAACAUUAUCUUCAACAUCUUCCUUUCCAUCAUUGUCAGUGCAACCAAAUAUUAGUAAUUUAGAAUUAGUUGAAAAAUCGACAAAUAUUUCAUUUAGUACAAUUGGUGUUGUACUUCGUGAUGUUUGUAUUGGAUUAGAUGUUGAAAAUAGUUCUAUUUCUGAUGAAGUAUUUUACCUUUGUCAUAUCAUUGAAUCUUAUUGGUUACAUAAUAGUUGCUAUCGAUUAUUAUGUAUAAAUUGGCCAGUAACAGAAGUAAAUAUUAAUAUACCAAUUGGAUAUCAUGUUAAUGUCCGUUUAAAAGAUUCUGAAAGUAAUUAUGUAAUCAGACCUUAUACACCAGUAUGUAAUGAUUUGACAUUCACAUCAAUUAUCAAUAAUGAUUGUCAACAAGAAAAAAAUGUAAAUCAAUUCUGUUUGUUAAUUAAAAUUUAUCCAAAUGGUGAAUUUUCUAAACUUGUGAAUAAUCUAUCUGCAAAUGACACCAUUGAAGUAAGCUUACCAAUAGGUAAUUUCAAUAGUAAUCUAAUCAAACCAAUCAUUCAUCAUAAUAAUAAUGAAUCAAAACUAUCCUAUGUUAUCAUGUUAGCCGGAGGUAGUGGUAUAACACCUAUGCUACGUAUAAUUCACUAUUUAUUUACUGGGAAUCGUCCAAAUUUACAAACGUUUAAAUUACAUCUAAUUCAUUUUAUUCGUAGUCAAAUUGAUCAAAUAUUAGUUUCUUAUUUUGCAUCAUUACAUAAUCAUUUCCCAAAUAAAUUUUCAAUUACUCACGUUCUAUCUGAACCACCAUGCAUAUCUGACGAUAAUGAUGAUAAUAAUAAUCAUUGGUUGUAUGGACAUAUAACUGAUGAAUUAUGUCGUCAAUGUUUUGAUAAAGAAAUAAUUGACAACUUUGAAUCACAAACAAUUUGUUUAAUAUGCGGUCCAUCUGGUUUUAAUGAUACAGCUUUCAAACUAACAAAUCAAUGGUCUAUUCCUAAAGAACGUGUACAUAUCUUCAAAGGAUGA